AUGAGCAAGCAGCUUGUCAACAGCCCCGAGACGGUGGCUACCGGGCCGCUGGACGGUGCAGGGAUGAUCCGGAACAGCCCCGAAAACGAGCAGCCGCAGCACCUGCCUUCCCAAGUUCCAUCGCAGCUAGCCAAGGUGGCCACAGCGCUUUCCGCUGACAACCAAACGUUGCCAUCUGACGAAGCCAAACCAAACGAUGCCGAGAGGACCAAAGUGGGGAUCUGCAAACUGGCCCCCGCGCAAGGCAACGCCACCUUCGGCACAGACUCCGUCGACCCUUUGCCUCUCCAGAACACCCCCAGCGCAGGGAACGCGGCGCAGGCCAACCUGGGCCCUUGCAAAAUCCCCUCCUUGCAAAGCACGGACGGGGCAGCGAAUCAAAGCCUUGGGAAGAGCACCCUGGAGCAAAACAAUGCCAAGGGCGGCUGGGUGCCCCUGAGCCAGAGCACGGUGGUCUUGGGCACCGAUGGGAACACCUCUGUCCUGCCUGGCAGUCUCGGAGAGGAUGACGAUGAAGGGGAUGAGAAUAAAGCCCGGGGCAACUGGUCUAGCAAGCUGGACUUCAUCCUCUCCAUGGUGGGUUAUGCAGUAGGGCUGGGCAAUGUCUGGAGGUUCCCGUACCUGGCCUUUAAGAAUGGGGGAGGUGCAUUUCUUAUCCCCUAUCUGACAAUGUUGGCUCUGGCUGGGAUUCCGAUCUUCUUCCUGGAAGUUUCUCUGGGGCAGUUUGCUAGUCAGGGACCUGUGUCUGUUUGGAAAGCCAUCCCUGCCUUACAAGGCUGUGGCAUUGCUAUGCUGAUUAUCUCUGUCCUAAUAGCCAUAUAUUAUAAUAUUAUAUUGUGCUACACACUUUUCUACCUUUUUGCAUCCUUUGUAUAUGUGCUGCCUUGGGCUUCCUGUAACAAUCCAUGGAACACACCGGAUUGUAGAGAUAAAAACAAACUUUUGCUAGAUUCCUGCAUCAUUGGUGACCACCCCAAGUUACAAAUAAAGAACUCAACUUUCUGUAUGAGUGCCUAUCCAAACUUGACAAUGGUAAACUACACCAGCCGUGUCAACAAAACUUUUGUCAGUGGCAGCGAAGAGUACUUCAAGUACUUUGCGUUGAAGAUUUCUGCAGGAAUCGAAUAUCCUGGUGAAAUCAGGGGGCCUUUGGUAUUCACUCUCUUUCUGGCUUGGUUGAUCGUCUAUGCCUCCCUGGCUAAAGGAAUCAAGUCAUCAGGAAAAGUGGUGUACUUUACAGCUACAUUCCCUUAUGUAGUACUCAUCAUCUUGCUAAUCAGAGGAGUAACCCUGCCAGGAGCUGGGGCUGGAAUCUGGUACUUCAUCACACCUAAAUGGGAGAAACUAAUUGAUGCUAUGGUAUGGAAAGAUGCUGCCACUCAAAUAUUUUUCUCUUUAUCUGCUGCAUGGGGUGGUCUGAUUACUCUGUCUUCCUAUAACAAAUUCCAUAAUAACUGCUACAGGGAUACCUUGAUAGUAACUUGUACCAACAGUGCCACAAGUAUAUUUGCAGGCUUUGUUAUUUUUUCGGUUAUUGGCUUCAUGGCAAAUGAGCUCAAAGUAGAUAUUGAAGAUGUUGCAGACCAAGGUCCUGGGAUUGCCUUUGUGGUUUAUCCUGAAGCCUUAACCCGGCUUCCUCUUUCACCUUUCUGGGCUAUAAUCUUCUUCUUGAUGCUUCUAACUCUUGGCUUGGACACUAUGUUUGCCACUAUUGAAACUAUAGUGACAUCAGUUGCUGAUGAGUUUCCAAAGUACUUACGUACUCACAAGCCUCUGUUCACUCUUGGAUGCUGCAUUUGCUUUUUCAUCAUGGGCUUUCCUAUGAUCACUCAGGGUGGGAUGUACAUGUUGCAGCUUGUGGACACUUAUGCAGCAUCUUACUCUCUUGUUAUAAUAGCCAUCUUUGAACUUGUUGGAAUUUCAUACGUUUAUGGCUUGCAAAGAUUUUGUGAAGAUAUUGAGAUGAUGAUUGGAUUCCAGCCAAGCAAAUUCUGGAGGGUCUGUUGGGCAUUUGUGACCCCAACUAUUUUAACAUUCAUCCUUUGCUUCAGCUUCUAUAAGUGGGAACCAAUGACUUAUGGCAGCUAUCACUACCCUGGAUGGUCUAUGGUACUUGGAUGGCUGAUGUUGGCUUGUUCUGUUAUCUGGAUUCCAAUUAUGUUUGUGAUAAAAAUGCACAUAGCUCCUGGCAGCUUUAUUGAGAGGCUCAAAUUGGUCUGCUCUCCACAACCAGACUGGGGGCCAUUUUUGGCUAAACACCGUGGUGACCGCUACCAGGAUAUGAUAGACCCACUGGGAACAUCGUCCCUUGGACUUAAACUGCCACCGAAAGAUUUCGAACUGGGGAGCCAGUGCUAG